ACCGCCGAUAUUGCCUGCAGGUCAGGUCAUACCCCACACAACUUCUCAGCAUGGAUCCGAGACCCGACCCGGCGGACGCUGUCGCAGACCUCUUCGACUCGUCCCUGAACCUCGAAGACGCCCACUUCAAGGAAGGCUACGCGGAGGGGUACGACUACGGCCUGGAGGCCGGCCGGGAGGAGGCCAGGCAGGUGGGCCUGAAGGUGGGGUUCGAGACCGGGGAGGAGCUUGGGUUCUACCGGGGUUGCGUGGACGUGUGGAGCUCCGCAAUCCGGGUCGACCCGGAACGGUUCUCGUCCCGGGUCCAGAAGAGCGUUAAGACCAUGGAGCUGCUGCUGGAGAGGUACCCGGUCAUGGAUCCGGAGAAUGAGAGCGUUCAGGAGAUCAUGGGGGACCUGAGGCUGAAGUUCAAGGCUAUCUGUGCGAGCUUGGGUGUGAAAUUGGAGUACAAGGGCAAGGAGGGAACGAAGAUGUUAAAAGCAAUGCUUGCUUGCGGGAAGGUGUACAUAUCCGAGAGCCGAAACAGGGUUGCCUUGGAGUCAAUCGAACGAGCCGCAAGAUUGUCAAAGGGGGCAGCUAUCGUGAACAAGUUUGAAGAUGCCAUUUACAAUAGAGUUGGCUAUACUGUUGUCUCAAGAUUGGCCGAGAAGCCAAUGCCCGAUUCUUGCCCCUUGAAAGCUGCUGUCCUAGCUAUGGUUAAAGCUGCUUUUGAUGCUGUUGAUCUGGAGUUGCAUUUGGGUAGUCAUCCUAGACUCGGAGUUGUGGACCAUAUCUGCUUUCACCCUUUGGCUCAAACUUCCGUCGAACAAGUGGUAUUGACUGCGAGGUCUUUGGCUAUGGACAUUGGCUCUGGACUUCAAGUGCCUGCAUUCCUGUACGGAGCUGCACAUGAAGAAGGGAGGACACUCGAUUCCAUUCGGAGAGCACUGGGAUAUUUCAAGCCCAAUCUUAGCGGAAACCUGUGGGCAGGAGGGCUGAAUUCGAACCCACUACCCCUCAAACCUGACGAAGGACCAAGUCAAGCAGCGCAAGGAAAGGGUGUUGUGGUGAUUGGAGUUACCCCAUGGGUCGACAAUUAUAAUGUUCCUGUCAAAUCAACCAACAUUUCCACUGUUCGUAGAAUUGCAAAACGAGUGAGUGGCAGAGGAGGAGGACUUCCUUCCGUUCAAGCAAUGGCACUUGCUCAUGGCAAUGGGAUUACUGAAGUAGCCUGUAAUUUGUUGGACCCAGGUAGAGUAGGAGCUGCUGAAGUUCAGCAAGAAGUCGAGCGGCUGGCAGCGGACGAGGGUUUGACUGUUGGGAAAGGCUAUUUUACCGACUUUUCCUGCCAAACAGUUAUUGAGAAGUACUUGCAGAUGGAUUCCCAUGUGUAGGUACAUGAAAAACUAGUGGAGCUACGAUUUUCUAUUGAUUAAAUUGACAUAAAAGAUUGUGAGAUUAGUUCAUAUAUUUAAUCAGUGUUGCUUGCCUUUUCACUGAAUUGCUUGUUCUGAUUUCAUCUGCUGAUUUUGACAUGCAAUGUAAGAACUUUCCUUUUAUCUUUCAAAUCCAUUUAGUCUUCUUACA